UCGUCACCAUGCGCCCGAGGUGAUCAUAUGUUGCUCCGCGCAAAGUAGUCAAGGCGGCAAAACCGGCAAACAUUCAGAAGAACAGACGCUCCCCUCAGACAUUUAAAAGGAUCGGAUAUCCAUAGCUUUGCGUACGUUUUGCGUUCCCACCAUAUUCAAACUGGAUUUCCUGUGAGACAACUCUGGAUAAUCUUUGCCGGAGAUGCUCGGAAAACUCUCAGGCAUGGUUAUAUGCUUGAAUGUCUUGCUCGCGCUGCUCUAUGCACAUGUCGCGCGUGCUGCUGUGAACUGGACGGUUACGCCUUUCAACCCGCCUGCUAUUCCUCUGGCGGUCCGGACGCCUUAUCUCUCUGCAUGGCUUUUCCAAGGCGAUGGCGCCGCUCUCAAUGACGCGUGGCCCUCAUUUUGGACUGGUGGUGUCCUCGGGUGGGCGGGUUAUGCACGCGUCGAUAACACGCCUUACAUUUUCAUGGGGACGCCGAGUGUUCCAGGCAAGUCUCCUCAGAAGGCCGUUCAGCAGAGUUUCAAGUUCACGUCCACGCAAAGCACUUUCGUUAUGAGAUGUGGAGCGGUUGACUUGACUGUCAACUUCCUUAGCCCUGUCGAGCCAAGCGACUUCGCCAGACAAUCCUUACCUUUCGCUUACUUUACCGUUUCGGCUGCAUCGAACGAUGGAGGUUCUCACUCAGUGCAAGUCUAUUCCGACAUCUCCGGCGAAUGGAUCACAGGCGAUAACUCCCUUACUGCCAAUUGGUCCACUACUGUCGGCGACAUAAUCACUCACCAAGUCCAGCUUGUGGACCAGGAACCGUUUACUGAAAUUUCAGAUCGCAUUCAGCAGGGUUCUGCAUUCUACUCCGUAGUAAAGAAUUCCGAUACCACAUACCAGACAGGUCAAGAUACGGUCGUCCGAGGACAGUUCAUCGACAAUGGUGUCUUGGCCAACACGCAAGACACGAAUUUCCGUGCCGUUCAAGACAACUGGCCGAUUUUCGCUCUCGCCCAGGACCUUGGAAACGUACAGGGUCCUUCAUCGCCUAUCGUACUCUCUAUCGGACACGUUCGCGACCCUGUCGUUGAAUACAUCGUUGCAAACAACCAGCUUCAGAACAGAAGUCCGUAUUUCUUGAGUCAGCAUGUAUCACCUGCAGACGCUAUUUCAUUCUUCCAUGGUGACUACUCGAAUGCAGUCCAGUCAGCCAACUCGUUCGAUUCGAAAGUGAACACUGACGCUUCGGCGAUCUCGUCGAAUUACGCUGGGAUUGUCGAGCUGUCGAUUCGUCAGGCCUUUGCUGCGACCGAGCUUACAAUUGGCAGAAAUGCGGACAGUUCACUCAACGCCUCUGAUGUUUUAAUUUUCAUGAAAGAAAUUUCCAGUAAUGGAAACAUGAAUACCGUCGAUGUCAUCUUCCCUGCCUGGCCCGUUUUCCUCUAUACGAACCCCGAGUAUGGUCGUCUACUUCUCGAACCGUUAUUCAGGUAUCAGGAGACUGGUCAAUACCCCAAUAAAUACGCGUUGCAUGAUCUCGGCGCUCACUAUCCUCAAGCUCUCGGUCACAAUGAUGGGCAAGAUGAAGCAAUGCCGGUAGAAGAGAGCGGUAACAUGGUGAUCAUGUCUCUAAGUUACACUCAAGCAACAGGCAACACUGGAAUUCUUACGGCCCACCACGGUCUGCUCGACCAAUGGACUCAAUUCCUAAUCGAAGAUUCUUUGAUCCCGGAGAAUCAACUCAGUACAGACGACUUCGCAGGCCACCUUGCGAACCAGACGAACCUUGCGAUCAAGGGGAUUAUUGGUAUCAAGGCGAUGUCUGUCAUCGAAGGAAUGCUAGGCGAUAAUGCGACCGAGUCUAACUACAGUUCGAUAGCUACGGAUUAUGUCAGGCAGUGGGAAGGCUUCGCGAUUGCGUCGAGUGGGGACCAUUUAACGCUGAACUAUGGCAAUGACUCUAGCUGGGGCCUUUCAUACAACCUCUACGCCGAUAAGCUUCUGCAGACGAAUCUCUUCCCCCAAAACAUUUACGACAUGCAGACGGCAUGGUACAAGACAGUCGAUGAUUCUUUCGGCGUACCCCUGGACACUCGCCACACGUACACCAAGAGUGACUGGGAGAUAUGGACGUCAGCUAUAGUCUCGGACACGACAGCACGCGACAUGUUUAUCGAUGCUGUGCACAAGUACGCGUCAAGUGGGAUAGGAAGUCAGCCCCUCGGUGACUGGUAUGAGACGCUUAAUGGAGCUCCUGAGGCUUUCAGGGCUCGCCCUGUGGUUGGUGGACACCUCGCUUUGCUUGUUUUGUGAGUAUAAGACAUAUCCGACCCUUUUCAUUCUUUUUUCUUGAUCAAGACACGCGACAAUCGCUCGUUACCCUUUUCCACUCGUUACCUUCCCUUUUUUUCUCUUCGUUCUUUAAUCUUGGAUUGGAACGGAGCGGAACAAUUUUGAAACAACCAAACAAACUUCAAAUAUUCGUCGUUUUCCCUUUUUGAACGACGCAACGUACAUUGAAACGUGAUUUGAUUCUCGUCGUUUUUUCUCGAAUUUAUCUUCUCUGAACGUAACAAAUCUAAUCCUGUGCUAAACC